AUGCUUCCUACGAAUGCUGUUAUGGAUUCAAGUACAGGCGAUAUUUACAUUGCAGAUUACGGUAACUACGCCGUGAAGGUAGUCUACGGAAACACAGGUAGAAACGCCAUUCUCGAGCACGAUGUAUCAUCUCGCUCCUCCAAGUUGGUGAGCGAAGUAAGCACUGAUCUCUCGAAGCCACUGGGUCUGGAGACUGAUGAGGAUUGCAACAGUCUCUACAUUGCAGACAGUGCUAAUCACCGUGUGCUCAAGUAUGCCUUCGGUGCAACCCCAGCCAUUACAACAGUUAUUGGAACAGGCGCUCCAGGGAAAAGUGAUUCGAGUGCAACCGCCACCACCUUCCAGAUUGAUUCGCCUUCUGCUGUGGCGUUAAACGGCGAUAUUCUCUACGUCGUGGAUUCCGGAAAUAAACGUGUUUUGGCAGUGAAUCUGGUAGAUCAGUCUGUCGAGAUAUUUGACGGAAGCGCUGCAGACUCCUCAAUUGUCUUUGAACGGCCAGUGUCAGCAGCUAUCGCACAAACAGAGGUAUGUAUAAAACCUGAACCAAGCCUUACCAUUAUGCGGCUAAUUACUCCAAAGAUGUGGAUAUAUGAAUCUGAAGAUGUGCCUGACGCGCAGGAUGGCGAAGUUCUGGUCGUUGCUGAUGCCGCUUCUCGAGCCUUGCGCAAGAUUGACCUUCAAACAAAGACUGCAGCACUGCUUGUGGAUUACACCGCCUGGAGGUCUUUCGUGGUAGAGGAGGCAGAAACAAGCAUUGCCGCGACAGGACUGGAACACGCAUUUUAUGGUGUCAGUAGCUUUUUUGGGGUAAGGCCAACCAGUGCCCCGGAGUGA